UCACAAGUCAACAUCUAAAUUCAUCAUCAUCACCAAUGCAUUGGUAACACCAAUACUCUCUUUUCCCUUUUCUCUGAAACCUUCAACAUAAUAACAUGUCCUCUGCAACAUUAUUAACAGAGUCCUUGCAUAGUAUGCACCAAUCAUCAUCAGAUGAAGGUGCUAAAUCCACCAUGGGAAGUUCCCAAAUGUUCAGCGACUACUAUGGAAUCAUCACUAGUAGUAGUAGUGAGAUAGUAGAGAUAGAAGAAGAAGAAGAACAAGACAUGAAGACAUCAAAAUUGUACCUUAAUAAUGAUGCUCCUAAGACUAUGUCAAGAAUUAGUGAAGGGAAGAGUAGUGAGGAAGAAGAAAGUGUUUAUGUAGCAGUUGGUAAGAGUGAGACAAGCAUGGAAGCUCUAACAUGGACUCUCAAGAACUUGGCUACUACCUCAUCUACCAUGCUUUAUCUCAUCCAUGUUUUUCCUGAGAUCAAACACAUUCCAAAUCCAUUGGGAAUGGGAAUGAUCCCAAAGAGCCAAGUGAGUGGUGAGCAAGUAGAGAGCUACAUGGCCCAAGAAAGAGCCAAGAGAAGAAACCUCCUUCACAAGUUCCUUCAAACUUGUUCUGCUUGCAAGGUUAAGGUGGACACCAUUCUCAUUGAGAGUGAUUUUGUUGCAAAGGCUAUAUUGGACUUGAUCCCCAUUCUUCAUAUUACAAAACUUGUUCUUGGACUCAACAAAUCCCAAUUAAGAAAACUAAGAUCAAGAAAAGGGAAUGGCAUAGCAGAUCAAGUACUUCAGAGUGCACCAGAAAUGUGCAAGGUGAGAAUUGUGUGUGAAGGGAAGGAAAUUAGUGAAAACAUAACUGGAUCAGGGUUAGGUUCAAUCACCCUCUCCUUCUCCUCAUGCCACUUCCAUGCCCCAUAAAGAGCCUCUCAAAAAAGAUUCUGUUUCAUGCACUUGUUUUAACUUUUAAGCCAAACUUCUUCAAUUUCAUUCCAUUCUGUGUUACUAUGUCAUGAUUAUUAUUAUUGUAUAAUUUCUAUAUAGGAAUAUUACAAAUUAUGGAAUGAAAAAAUGAUUUAUAAUUUGGUUAUAAAGAUUGGUCAUGUAAUGUGUAUCUUAUAUGAAUGCAGGUUUGAGUUUUG